ACCUGGCAGAAAUUGUUACCUUGUAAGGCUGAUUUGCGCACAUCACUACCACUUGUUGCUGACACGUUUUUGAAACGAUUUGACAUUGUGACGCCCGAACCUGUUUACUGCCAACGAGAAUGCAGCCUCCUGGUCUUGUGAGGGUGUGAGUUGGUGUGGAGUAAUGCUUGUAACAUGAUUAUGACACCCCUCGUAAUCCAUAAACUAAAUACCCUGUAAAAGCACUAUUAGCCCGUACUAAAACGGGACAGAAAUUGAACUACAUUUUCCUGGGGAAUAUAAAUUUAAAAUCACAUUACAAUUGGCAUCAAUUCCGUUCCGUAUACUCCACUUAACCCUAAAUUUCGAUCAGCCUUAAGGAGCGCGGUUCUUUUAACGGUUAUUUCCAGUAGUUCUAAAAUAUAUUUUCACAGUGCGCUAUCAAUUUAAGCCCUUUGACCAGAGACAUGUAAAGACCUCAGACGUUUAGUUAGAGAUCUUCUAGCCAUAGGCAAAUAGACAUAGCAGUAGACGGGUAAUGGAAUGUUUUAAACUAGAGUUUAUGACUCUUUUUUGUGAUAUGAAAAGCGUUUUUUUCGUCGAUAGAAAUGUUUUUUUUACCAAGCAGCCUUACACUUCCCAGCGCUCCACUCACCUACUUCCCUCCACUCUAGUAGAAGCACUUUUUUCUUUUUUAUCAAAACUUACUACUUAAUUAUUGUAAUGUUUUGUUGUGGUGAGCUAGAAAGCCGCCGGACUUGGAGCUAGAAGGACUUUUCAAGAGACACUUCACAACAGUAGAGUUCUUCCAAGGCUCUAUAAUGAACCCGAUAGACCUCCAGAGGGUGAAGGUUCACGAGGCAGACGCAUGCUUGGUUUUGGCGAACAAAUACUGCCAGGACCCUGAUGCAGAAGACGCUGCCAAUAUUAUGAGAGUUAUUUCUAUCAAAAACUACUCUGACGACAUUCGAGUCAUCAUUCAACUAAUGCAGUAUCACAACAAGGCAUACUUGUUGAACAUUCCAUCCUGGGACUGGAAGAGGGGCGAUGACGUCAUUUGUCUGGCUGAGCUGAAGUUAGGGUUCAUUGCACAAAGCUGUUUAGCCCCAGGAUUCUCUACUAUGAUGGCCAAUUUAUUUGCUAUGCGAUCAUUUAAAACGGCCCACCUCGUCGCCACAUCCAACAUGCAAGGCUGGCAAAAUGACUAUCUGAGGGGAACGGCUCUGGAGAUGUACACAGAAACCCUGAGCUCCUCAUUUCAGGGCAUGCCCUUCGCACAGGCGUCCGAGUAAGUGCGGGCUGGCCAGUGGGGUGGCCCAAUGGGGUGCCGCUUUGGAGGGCUUUCGUCGGGCAAAAGUCUGAGCAGCGCGUAGUGGCACACUUGUGCAGGCCACUUCACUGGCCUCUGUGUUAUAGGAGUUUGCUCGGGCUUGCCGACGACCGGUGACUGUUCGUUGCCUCUUGGUAUUUGCCUUGUCUGUGCUACCUUCGUUAUAUAUGCUCCUUGGUCCUGCUUUUCAGCCUUGUCGUCUGUGAAAAAUAUUUCUGUCAAUUAUUUUAAAAAACA